CCCCACAGCCUGGUGUCUUCAUAAUGGUAGAGUCCGUCACCCGGAAGAACUCUGCAGCAGGCUGCCCCCUCCCUUUCCUCUGGUAGCCGGCGGUGAUAAUGGCAAAGAUUAAGGCCCGAGACCUGCGCGGUAAGAAAAAGGAGGAGCUGUUGAAGCAGCUGGAUGACCUCAAAGUAGAACUGUCUCAGCUUAGAGUUGCUAAGGUGACAGGAGGUGCUGCUUCAAAGCUGUCCAAGAUUCGUGUCGUCCGCAAGUCCAUUGCCAGAGUCCUGACCGUAAUCAACCAGACACAAAAAGAAAACUUAAGGAAGUUUUACAAAGGCAAGAAAUACAAGCCUUUGGAUCUGAGGCCAAAGAAGACCAGAGCACUGAGGCGCAGGCUAAACAAGCACGAGGAGUCUCUGAGGACCAAGAAACAGCAGAGAAAAGACCGCCUGUAUGCCGUGCGCAAGUUUGCUGUCAAGGCAUAAGUCAUGUCCUAAAUAAAAUCUUUUCGGUAUAUGAA